GACUGGUCUUCUAUCCCUAAAGAAUCAACCCCCCCGGCACGUAAUAUAUAAAUUUCUUAUCGAUAUCGGUUGUAAAUAUUGAUUAAUUGACCUCAGACGAGCGGACUAUCCAUAAAAUCAGUCCUCCUGAAGGCGAGGGAGAAUUCACCAGGAAUUACAUACUCGGGCCGAAAUACAUUAUAAAGGCAAUCGAGAUUUUCUCGACGAUGCCAAUCACAAUUCCACCCUUCGAAUAUGCGCCAGUGAAGACUACAUGGCUGAAGCGUGAUGUACUUCUUUUCGCUCACUCAAUUGGCUGCAAAGCGGGGGAUGAGCUUCACUUUCUUUAUGAACUACACCCAAAAUUCCAAGUCUUUCCCACGUAUCCCAUUGUGCUAACCUUCAAACACGCUGACACCGACAUUGUGGACUUCCUCGCGCGAAAUGCAGCACGGACUCUCCCUCCGGGCUGCCCGGUGUUAGAUUGGAGCGUAGCUGUCGAUGGGAGACGACGAAUGGAGUUCCUAUGUCCACUACCGCCAUCUAGUGAGGGGAAGACGUGGGAUAUCCACACCAAAGUUCUGGGGGUGUUCGAUAAGGGAGCGGGAAAAGGAACAGUGAUGGAGAUGGAACAUGUGCUGAAGCAGCGGGAGAGCGGCCAGGUGUAUACGCGCGCUUGGGAGAGUGUUUUCUUCAAGGGAACUGGCGGUUGGGGUGGGGAGCGAGGUCCGAAAAUGAACGAGCAUGUUCCUUCAACUCCAGCAAGACGGCCAGAUGCAGUCUCAAGUUUCCAUUCAAAUGCAGAAUCUGCACAUUUGUACAGGCUUAACGGCGAUUAUAAUCCCCUUCAUGCUACCCCUGAGCCAGGGAAAUCUCUGGGGUAUGGUGGGACCAUCAUGCAUGGACUAUACAGCUGGAAUAUCACAGCACGGGCUGUGUUAUCUCAGUUUGGUGGAAGCGAGGGUCGGCGUUUGCGUGACUUUGAGGCGAUGUUUUCCUCACCCGUUAAACCCGGGGAUAAACUGGAUAUCCUCAUGUGGGAUAUGGGCGUGUGCAAAAGAGCGACAUCUGCAGUCCGGAACGACGAAAGCUUGCAAGAGGUGCGAUUUAUGGUGAAAGUUGGUGAUAGGGUUGUAUUGUCAAAUGGAAAGGCUUUGUUGAAAUGUGAAGAUGAGGGUGUUAAGGCUAAAUUGUAGAUGUAUAAAUAACCAAGGAGAAGAACAGGAUAACAGGGAUCAACAGACGAAGAGAAUACAUAUCUAUAUAGAACACAAGACACUCCACAUAAGAACGAAAAUUGCUCAGAUUC